AUGGAGAAAUGUUAUUUUGAGAUCGAGGGUCAAGCAACUCUUGCCAGUGAAGAAAUUUCACCUCCUCUACCUCCUUUACCAAAUUUAAAUUUAGAUCUUAGUGAUAUUGAUUUGGAUGAUAUUGAUUGGAAUAAUCUUUAA